UCUCUCUAAAGGUGCGUGUGUGUAGGGAGCGGUGGCGGGACGGUGGCGCGCGCGGCGCGCAUGGCGGCGCGCGUGCUGCUCGCGCUGGCGCUGGUGGCGCCGCGCCGCGCCGCGCACGCGCCGUGCGUCGCCGCGCCGCUCUGUCUGUGCGCUGAUGACCGCUUCACCUGCGACGCUGUGCAGUUUCACCGGUUCCCCAACACAGAGGUUAACGUGCGGCACGUGUCGGUGUGGGGCGCGCGGCUCGGCGCGCUGGACGACUCGGCGCUGGACGCGCGCGUGCUGCAAACCCUCGUGCUCGUCGCAUGCCGGCUGGGCGCGCUGCAGCCUGCUGCGCUCGCGUCGAUGCGAGAAACGCUGGCAUCCUUGGAUCUGGGCCACAACGAGCUCACGGAGGUCCCCCACGAGGCGCUUCGGGACCUGAAGGUGCUCAACUGGCUUAAUUUGCAACAUAACUUUAUUAGCGACCUGGACGGCGUGGAAUGGGGCGGGCUGGUGGACACGUUGACCAGCCUGUCUCUGAGCAACAACCGUCUGACUUGGCUGAGCGCCGGCUCACUACGCCCACUGCGAGUUCUCACAACGCUAGAACUGGACGGAAACAGGAUCCGCGCGGUGGAUGCCGGCGCGUUACCACGAGCCCUUAUGACCCUACGUCUGUCCGAUAACUUGCUGCGCGAGCCACCAACCCUCGCCGCGCUACCGCGCCUCCAGCACCUCACACUCCGCGACAACCUCAUACACACCUCCAAUGAACUUAAAACCGAUGUGCAACUACAUGCACACUUGCACACGCUCGACCUCACUCACAAUGAUCUAGAUGAUGACUUUAGCUUGGAGCUAGGCGUAAGGUUACAGUUAAAAAAUUUGCUGCUGGACCUGAAUGAUUUUACGGCAUUGCCGGCUUUUGUCUUUGAGUGCAGCCGUUUGGAAAAGCUAUCGGUGUCACAUAAUCGACUUACAGCGAUACCAGAUACACUUAAUGCACUUGCGAGUGAUCUGCGUCAGUUAGAUUUAGAUUACAAUGAGCUGCUUGCGUUGCCCUUGGCAAUGAUUGAGCUGGUGAGACUGCGCAGGUUGUCAGUCGCAUACAACCGGCUGCGGGUGGUGCCGUCGUUGCCACCGCGACUUUACGCGCUGUCGCUGGCCGGAAACGACUUAAUAAUUUUUCCAGAAGGCCUGAUGAAUUUGGAGGCGGGGACGCUUACACACUUGGAUCUCGGCUACAACCGCAUCGCGCACGUGGGAGCGAGUACGUUCGGUGCAUGGGCAACGGGGCUGGAUACGCUGAGUUUGCGCGGCAACAGAUUAACAGCGCUGUUGCCAGGCGCUUUCCCGCCGCUGCGCUUGCGUGAACUAGCGCUCAGCUUCAACGAACUUUAUUCUCUGUCAUCGGAAGCGUUAUCUCCGUUGCGUGCGUUAUCCGUGCUGGAGUUAUCGGGCGCACUGGCGGGAGGGUCCCUGCCGCGCGCACCAGCCGCCGCGUGGCUCGCGCUCGACAACAACGACAUCCGCCGCGUGUCGGCCGCCGACCUGCGCGCGCACCCGCUCCUCGAACAUCUCAACCUUGACUUCAACAAGAUAGUGGAAUUCCCGAGCGACUCUAAUGGUUGGGGCAACGCUUCGCUUAAACUGAGAGAGCUAAGACUAGCCUAUAAUCAUAUCAGCAUCAUCAACGGGGAGUUUCUGACGAUGCUAUCAGAAUUACAAAGCGUGGACUUGUCUUAUAACCGCAUGGUGAACGUGAGCGAACGGACUUUUGCACAUUUAAAUAACCUAGUGUUUGUAGGCCUCGCGGGGAAUGACAUAGAGUGUAUUGCGGCGGGGGCAUUCCGCUCGCUUCCUCGGUUGCAAGCUCUGGAACUGCAGUACAAUCACGUGGAACGUUUUGCCACCGACGUUUUCGAGCACGUUGCAAGUGAUGUGCCUAACUUGUCUGUAAACGCUAGCCACAAUCGGAUUUCAGUGCUAGCAGGAGGAGGUACCGCGUCUAUUAGCGUGUUAGAUCUGUCGUACAAUGCGCUCGAAAUUCUGCCUGCUGCAUUUUUCGAAGGCGUGGCGUUGAAUCUGCGGCGACUGCUGCUAGCGCACAACCGGGUAGUGGUGUUGGAUACGUUAGGUUCUCUGCCGCGGCUGGCCGUGCUCAGCCUACGCGAGAACGGGCUGGAGGUGGUGCGGCGGCGCGCACUCGCGUCCACGCCUGCCCUGGAAGAACUCGACUUGACGCGUAACCGUCUGGCUAUCUUACAACCUGAACAGUUCCGAGCAUUACGGCGGCUACGCGUGCUGCGUUUAGCCAUGAACCAGUUACGGGGAAUUCCGCCGGGUGCAUUCGCAGGCACGCUUCUAGAAGCGCUCGAUUUACGUGACAAUCGGUUAAGCAGUCCACCGGCUGCCGCGAUCGGCGCGGUGGGCUUCACGCUGCGUCGACUGGAGCUCGGCGGGAACGAACUGGCGAGGUUAGACACGGCCGCGCUCGCCGGCGCCGGAUUCUUGCGUGAGCUGGGUCUAGCGCGCGCAUCUUUGCGCGUGCUACCCGACGCGGUGCUUGCCGGUCUCGGAAAAUUACGGCGUCUGGACUUGUCACACAACCUGCUAGUUACUAACUAUCGGGAGCUGCUGCACCCAGUGCCGCUGUUGCGACGGCUGUCGCUGGCGGGCUCGGGACUGCGUGCGGUGCCGGUGCUGCCGCUGCCGGCGCUGCGUGAGCUCGACCUCAGCGGGAACGCCAUCGUCGCUUGCCGCGAGGAAGACUUGCGUGCGCUACCUGAACUGCGAGCGCUGAAUCUUUCCAACAACCGUUUGACGAUGCUACAAAGUGGCGCGUGGGUAAUGUUGCCUAGACUGGCGGUGCUGGAUGUGUCGCACAACCCGCUGCCGUCAAUAGACGGUCUGGACGGUUUGGGACGGUUGCUUCAAUUACGUAUACAAGGCUUGCACGUGUUUGAGCUCGAACGUCAUGUGUUCCGAUCGCUGCUAUCUCUGCGUGAACUCGAGCUGGACGUUGGGCGGUCGUCGGUCGGUGCAGCGUUGGCUGGUGCGCCUCAGGUUCAAGCGUUGAUACUGCACGUGCUUGUGGAUGUGUUAGACGGGCAGGUGGUAGGAGUUGAUGCGCGUAAGCUGCGCGCCGUGGAGCUGCGUGGAAGCGUGCGCGUGUUGUCGGCGCGUGCGCUGGCUCCGUUGGCGCGCGCGCGGGCGCUGGCGCUGCGGCUGCGCGGGUCGCGCGUGGGCGCGCUGCCGGCGCUGGCGGCGCUGUCGCGCGUGCCGGCGCUGGGGCUUGAGCUGGCCGGCAACGCGCUGGCCGCGUUGGCGCCCGCCGCGCUCUACCCCAACCUCACCGGCUGGAACACGCGGGCCACGAAGCUGCUAUCUGGCGGGCUGGUGGUGCAGGAGGCAGGACUGCGGUGCGGCUGCGGCGCGGCGUGGCUGGGCGCGUGGCUGCGUCGGUGGACGCGCGAGGUUGGAGGCGGCGCGCGGGCAGCACUGCGCGCCGCGCGGCGGUCCACGUGCGCGGCGCGGGGCGGUGCGCGCGCGCUGCUGCAGCUGGAGGUGGAUGCCGCAGCAUGCCGCGCGCGCGCGUUGUCCGCUCGCGCGAGCACAGCGCGCGCUCCCACGCUGGCCGCGCUGGCUGCACUGGCGCUCCGAGCGGCGCGAGCGUAAUGCGGCCUCGCAUGCUGAACACUAAGGGAGCACUCUUGCACUAUACUUGCUGCAAAUCUAAAAGGCGAGUCAGGUUGUAAAUCAUCUAAAUUAUACUAACGAUUUCGCACUUGCACGGCCUUAUGGAGUAGUAGUGCAGGUAGUAUUUACGUGUAAAAGAUACUGUACCUGACUUUCAUUGCCUGACUCGCCACUGGGUGCCGCGGCCAUUAUGGCGCUAGGGACGCUGGCCCUGCGAGCUCCACAAGCGUAGCGAGACAAGACACUAUUACGGUACUUACAAAUCUUGUAAAAAACUGGUUACAUGUGAACAAACAUUUGAGACAAGGAAAUAUGACAUUGAAUUACGUCAUUUGCCCUCUUUUACAAAUCACUUGCCAUGUAAGAAGCCAUAUUCCUAAAAAAAAAAAUAUGGGUGAUGUAAUUCAACAUUUCCUUGUCUCAACUUUUUUUGUUCUGUGUGCAAUCUCCAAUGUUUAUCUAUAAGCUUGUGUCUUGAGAGCGCUACUGCCCCUGUAUAGGCCGUACUCGUAUACCCUACAGAAAGUAAGCAAUAACAAAACAGUGUUGUGACAAUGGUUUGCAGUGUAAACGGUUUGUCCUACAAUAUUAAAAUGAAUUGUGAGGUACGAGAACAGUGAAGUGAUUUUCUACGGACAAUAUUUAGUGUAAAAAUGAAGUGUGUCUGUCCAGCGGUCCGAAAAGUGAGGUCCUUUAUUAUUGGAGAUUUUGUAUCUCUUUAAUAUAUUCGAAUUCUCUUUAGUGAUUUUUAGAAUAAUUUAGUAAACUAACUUUCAACAUUUUAUAUAAAUAAUAUAAUAUUAGAAUCUUUUGUACUUUGUAAAUUGCAGUAUCUAAAUCGCCAUGUAAAUAAGGAUACUAGGGGAAAACGAUGGCAUUCCAUUUAUUUUAAAUACCUAUACUGUAAAAAAAAUUGGGUCGUUUUUAUUGCUGACUACCUCUUCUGUUUUGAAUGUCUAUCAAGUACAGAACCUAAUUGUCAAGACCCUUUCAAUGAGCCUAAACUUGAUGUGUAUGUGUUUUGCCACCGAGGAGUUCCUUUGGUCUCCUUCCGACUGCAUCAUCAGAUCAACUCCAUUUUAGCAUUAUCGUCGGAGUUACGGAAGCACUCCAAAUUUCCACUGAAUUAUGGGAGCGCUCCAAAUUUCGGAACAUCGGAAAGUGCUUAUAAUUCAAGUUACAAGAUUUGAAGCACACACAUAUGUACUAUAGAUAUACAAAUAUACGCAGUGAAGCUAAUAAAAGUGAAUAAAAACUUAAUUAACUUGCUAUACUUACCCAUCGUUUUUCCUUUGGUUGAACCAGAGUUUAACCCUCCGGAGGAAAGUCAUCCAGUGAUCUAAAUCCGGGAUCACAUCCGACACUUGUUUAACAUUUGUGUGCUAAAUUCGUCUGCGGAUGCUUUCCUUCUGCAGGUAUAAAGUUUCGCCUGGGAACUUCGCUAGUUAUAAGUUGUAGUGGAAAGACGCCGCGACACCUCGCCUUCCAGUUCACUUACAACUCCAACUUGGAAUUUAGCUGACAAGUGUAUUUUUGGAUUAUAAACCAAUUUAUGUGCACACGCGCGUUUUAGGCAGCGUUCCCACCGAGGCGUUUGCGUGCGAGGAUGGGUAGCGAGAUGCGUUUGACCAACCAAUAAAGUCAAUACUUGAAGUUUAUAUUUAAUAUGUAAUUUAUUUUUAAUGAUACACACAUUCUAUAUACUUCGCAUAGAAAGUGCUUUAUAUGCACAUAAAUUCUUUUGACGUGCAUAAACUGUGUCAAUACAAAUAAUUCUCACGUGCUCUGAGGCCGAACAUAUCAAGAGUCAAUAAUGUACACUUAAUAAUAUCUAGGGAGAAGUAAACUAAUUUGAGACUUUGUGCUGACAGUUGGUAUACGUACUUGUGUAAUCUAAUAUUUGAACGAAGUGUGUUUUACUGAAACUGAAGAGUUAAAGUAUUAAGAGAUUUAGUUGAAAUGAUUGUAAAUACGAGAUUAAAGUUUAAUUUGUAUAAUGCUUGCCAUUUAAUAAGGCGCGAUAGUGUUGAGAGAGGAGAGUUAUAUUUACCUACGUUUUGUCCAUUUUUUAUUGAAUCGUGCUUAAAGUAAACAUGUUAUUAGUUGUUCACAUAUUUAUUUUAUGACGUUUAGAGCAUUUUCGCAUUGCCCGAUUGAAUAUCGGAAGUAAAAUAUAAGACAUAUGUGUUUUUCUGUAUUUAUUUAUACAUUUAAUUUUUUUUAUUAAAAAACUAUAGAUAACGCAAAAAGGCUAUAUGGCACUCUCCUGCAGCUGCUUUUUAGGUGCAUUCCGAUAUACGAUAUCGGAAAGGCGCUUGUGAUAAUUUCAGCUAUGUCGGAACCCCCGUCAGCUGUCGAACCGAUAAUAUUUCCCGAAUGUUUGUAUGCAUACACAGGCAUAACGUUUGCUGUAAUGUGACUGCCUGUCCCCCACGGCCUGUCUACGUGGAUGUAGGAUCCUACAUCCCAUAUCAGAUCGGACAGUGUGAAAACGCUCUUACAGUAUUGUUUUAGAGCGGGAGUGUCGCGGUGCGAGUGAGCUCUCAAAUGCAUAGAAUCGAACAAUUGUGAUCUGUGGAAUGAAACGAAAUUUAUUAUAUUUUUAUAAAUACAAA